GGCUGUUAGCCAUGGUUGUUAUAUGGUACCUCAGGCGCAGGAGCCAAAUGUGGCCCUCCAAACCUCUCCAUCUGGCUCUUGGGACUCUCCCGGGCCUUACCCCCUCCCACUCUCCCCAGGCUGUGUUCCUCUUUACACCCUCAAUGAGUGUUUGUGCCUGGCUGGAAUAUGUCCUUGAAUUCUGAUCUUGCUUGCCUGAAGGGAAGAGAGAGGGUGUGUGUGUAUAGAUACCAGCCUACUGUACGAAGGUGAUAUUUACAUUUGUUGCUUUGCUCCUGUUUGCCUCCAGCUCCGCCCACCACUGGCAUGUGACCCAGAAUGGAAUGCAGCCCUCGGGGUUGAAAAAGGUUCCCCACCCCCUGUGCAGCUUCCAGGUUCAGAGGUGGCAUCUUGCCCUGAAUAUCAGCUGCUUAUAGGCUCCCUGGGGGUAUCUGGUUCGGCCUCUGUGAGAAACAGGAGGCGGGACUAGAUGGUCAUUGGUCUAAUCCUGCAGGGUGCUUUUCAUCUUCGUAGGCCCUACGGGGAGCGUGUUAACCUUUAAUCUGAGAGAACCCGUUUGCCUUUUUACUGGUGUAACAGAUUUUUGUUUUGUUUUUAGGGAUCUGUUGUGCAAUAUAACUCAGGAGUGGGAAACCUGUGGUCCUCCAAAUGUUGUUGGACUAUGUUAGGGGCUGCCAAUCUUUUUGGGGCUGUGGGCACAUUUGCAAACAGGAGGAACCUGUGGACACCACACAUGCACACACACACACCACAACCAAGCACGCACUGCAAUAUAUUUUAUUAGCUAUGAUAGAAUGCUUCUUUCAAGCCUAAUUUCAGAAGGGAAGGGUAGGGGAUGGGCACGUGUGUGCACGCACCACCUUGGUUACCCCUAGACUACCUCAUCCCUGGUCAUGCUGGCUGGGGCUGAUGGGAGUUGGAGUCCAGCAACAUCUGGAAGGCCACAGGUUUCCCCACCUGGGAUCUACUGGCAGCGGCUCUCCGGAGUCUCAGGAACAGAUCUUUUCUCAGGCCUACCUAGAGAGACCAGGAACUGAAUCUGGGACCUGUUGCAUGCAAACCAGAAUAACAAUGGAAGAUCGAGACCCAUCAAGACCUCUGCAGAAGGAGAGAUCAGAGGCAGGAGGGAAAGAUCCUCAGGUUGUCCCAACUGGGGCCUUGAGAGAGUUUCAGAUGGAAAAUACUCUGCGGCAAAUUAAAGAAGAACCAGAGGAGCAUUGCUGGGAUAGCCAGUGGCAAGAGUUCCUGAAGACGAUGAAGAGCCCUCAGUCAGGAUGGAAAAAUCCACAGAUAUCUAAGCUCACACAAGAGGAGGAUACUAAGGACUUCCAGGCCUCCUUCAAGGCCAUUGUUGAUGGCACACGUACAGGUGCACGUGUGGCCCAAGCCCUCCUUGGCCUCCCCAGAGAAGCCCACGAGGCCCACCAAAGGCUGGAUCUUUCUGUGAAAGUUAAAGAAGAGGUUUCGGAUGAGAGAGCCCUCAGCUUGGAGAUGCGUUGCCUGCGCUUCCGCCAUUUCAGCUUCCAGGAGGCCGAAAGGCCCCGGGAAGUCUUGAGCCAGCUCUGGGAACUUUGCUGCCAGUGGCUGAUGCCAGAGAGGCACACCAAGGAGCAGAUCCUGGAGCUGGUAACCCUGGAGCAGUUCCUGGCCAUCUUACCCCUGGAUAUGCAGUGCUGGGUCAGGGAACGGGGCCCGGAGACCUGUGCGCAGGCCCUGGCCCUGGCAGAGGAUUUCCUGCUGAGGCUGCAAGAGGCCGACCAAGUGGGGAAAAAGCUUCCGGAACCUUUUCAAAUAGUGACUAUUAAAUCCCCAAAGUCAGAGGAGGAUCCAUCGGACACCGAGGAGUUGCUCCUUCCUCCAGAGACCACCCGGGAGAGUGACAACUUUGUCAUGUUGCUGGGCAAUGGGCAAGCAAAGUCAAAAGAGGGAAAUUUUCCAUUGCAAAGACUGAAGCAAGUUGAAUUCAAGUCAUCAUUGGGAGAAGCCAGAGAGAAUGCCUUGCUCUAUCAGGACAAGGAAGAAUGGCAUUUGAAUCAGCAGGGACUAGAAACAUUCCAGCAUAACCUUCCAUGGCAAAGAGCUGGGGGAAAUGUGCCUUGUGAGGAAGGUGACACAAGUGUAUGUGAAAGCCCAGCGAAACAAGGAAUCCUUCAGUGCGAGAGAAAAAAUAUGUGCACAGAGUGUGAAAAUCUUUGUCACAGCUUUAACUUUCCAAAGAGUCAGAGAAUGCAAGUGGGGGAAGACCUGGACAACUGCACCCUGUGUGGGAAAGCCUUGAAAACUGGUGCCUCCCUUCCUGUACACAAGGGGGCUUUCUCUGGAGAGAAACCAUAUCGGUGCUCAGAAUGUGGCAAAAGCUUUGGUUGGAAAUCGUCGCUCACUUCACACAAAAGAACCCACACAGGGGAGAAGCCGUACAAGUGCUCCGAGUGCGGGAAAAGCUUUGGGAUUAGCUCCCAGCUGGUGAGACAUAAGAGAAUCCACACAGAUCACUUGGUCGCAAUGCCAGCACACAAAAAAAGGAAAAUAGAUUUGGAGUGCCGUGUUUUUAAUAAGAAAUGGACGCAUGACUAUUUUUUUGUGGAGCUGAAAGGCAUGCCCGUUUGCCUGAUUUGUGGGGAAGCCCUCUCUGUCAUGAAAAAAGCCAACCUCCAGAGGCACUACAGAACAAAGCACAUCCAGUAUGAAGAGUUUCAAGGGCAGGUGCGCGAGGAGAAGGUCAAUGCGCUGAAGAUGGACUUGCACACCCAGCAAGGGAUUGCCCCAGAACCGAGAAAGGAAAUGGACAGCGUGGAGCAAGCCAGCUGCGUAGUGAGCGAGCUGGUCUCCAAAAAACUGCGGCCACUCUCGAGAGGUGAGCUUGUAAAGGAGUGCAUCGUUGCGACUGCCGCUCUCCUGGCUCCCGAGAAGCUGAAACUGUUUGAGAGUGUGAGCUUCUCCCGCAGGAGAGUGUCAGCGCAGAUAAAGAAUAUGGCUCGGAGUAUGGAAAGGUCUCUUGCAAAGGACCCCCAGGGUGCUGGAUUAGCAGAUACGAACUUGGAAAGCCAGCUAUUAGCAGCCACGCCAUUGAUGCCAGCAAACGAAACAGGGCUCAACAAAGAAGUGCAGCCUCAAGUAUCGCAUUAAAAAGCCGAUUAUAGAAGACGAUUCUGGACAUUGUUGGUUCCACCUACCAUUUCCUCUGGCUCCGCCUACCAACGGGCACCAGUCAGUUGCCACUGCUUCUGUUUGGAAACCAUCCCAUAGAUUUUUCCAAUGGGUCACUGGCCCUUCAUUUAAAAAAAAAAGACAAAAAGGUUCCUCACAACAAAGUGUAGGCUGGUGCAGAGGGCCUAAACCUAGAGGCAAAUUUGUGCAAUAGAGUAACAAAUAUUUAUAUCCUGAUUUUCUUCCAUGAUGGAACUCAAGGGGGCCUACAUGAGGAUUCUUGGGUGAUCUUUGUUCCUGGAGACAUAGUUAAUUUCUAGGACAUGGGAUCCCUUGUACUUUAAAACAUGAAAAUUACUAGCGAGUCAGUGUGAUAUUAUAGUUUAUUGCUCUAGGCCAGGGUGGGGAAACCUGCAGUCUCUCCAGAUGAUGUUGGGCUACAACUCCCAUCAUCCUAAACCAUUGGCCAUGGUGGCUGGGGCUGAUGGGAGCUAAAAUCUAAUGACACCUGGAGGGCCACAGGUUUUCCCCAGCCCUGGUCUAGACCUAGGAAUACAGGGGAUAAUACAAAUCCUUCCUCUGUUGUGAAGUUUACUGGAUGACUUCAAGCCAGUCACCCAUCUGUAUGUGAAACCUACCUUGCAGGGUUGUUAUGAGGAUAAGAUGUUGGAGGGAAGGAAAGAGCAAUAUCUGUUGCACUGAGCUUCAUGGAGAAGUGUGGAACAGAAAUGUAAGUCAAAAAUAAAAGGAGAGAACAUAGUUCUAAUCUGACUGCAAAGCAAGCUUUCUUUGUCCAAAGAUAAUACAUAGCAGAUGUAAGGAGCCUGUGAGUGGCCCUCUGGAUGUUGUUGGACUCCAGCUCCCAUCAACUUCAGCCAGCAUGGCCAAUGGCCGGGAAUGAUGGGAGUUGUAGCCCAGCGACACAUGGAAGGACGUUGGUCCCCCCCAUCUGUGGUAUUAUAGGGACAAGACACUAAAUGUCCAAGGUGGUCUCUGGUCUUCCCAGUCUAGUCAUGUGUUUUUAUGUAGGCACCCAGUAGACUGAGGAAAGAGAAUCCUGGGCUCUGUCUGAAAACCUGAAGCCAUCAGGAUAGCACAGAGCUUGUCCAUCCCUUGGUGCCAUGAGUCAGCUAAUGUCUUGUAGCUCAGAGGAAUUGGACAGAGGCAUAGCUUGUGAGUAGCCAAUCAGGGAAGCUUGUGCAUGGCCAAUUAGGGAAACUUGUGCUAAUACAACAUGUUCAUUUUCCAUGCUUAUGAAUGUUGGUUUGAAUCAAAUCGUCUGAGGUGUGGAAAUGUUAGGGAGAAUUUCUCCUUUACGCUCCCUUGGGAUAAUUUGACAGGAAUUAGGGAAGUUGGGAACAUUUGUAAGUUGUUUCCUGGAUGACAGAUAACGAAAUGCACAAUUCUUAGGGCCGACAGUUUGCUGCCUGCCAAAAUGGUGCUUGAGCCCUUUUUAAAAUGACAACUGGUCAUGUCAAACAGGCCAACAUGAGGUUCUUUUUGGACAUUAUCUGUUCUCUGGUUUACCUUUGCUUUUUUUAAAAAACAACAUCCACAUAAUUGUUGGUGGUGGUUAUGAUCUUGUCAGCUAAACCAAUUAAAAGUUUUUAACGCUAAAUGAGGUGUGAAAAAUACAUACAUGCACCAAUUUACACUUCAGGGGACAAUGCAGACACACUGAUCUCUGUAGAAAUACAUGCCAUACAGUUGGGAUAGAAGGGUGCUUGCCACAGUAAUCUGGUUUGCACAUUACAUUAAGCCAAGAGUGGAGAACCUCAGACCCAGGGCCCAAAUACUCUUGGAUAGCUCCCUCUCCAUGGCCCUGCUUCACACCCUCCUCAAGUAUUGUUGCCUGGCUGGAAGGUGUUCUUGAACUCUUGACCAUGCCUCUUGCUUCCCUGGAGGGAGGAAAGAGAGCAACGAGUGAGUGCAUGUUGAAACUAGCCUGCUGUACAAAGGUAAUGUUUGCAUUCAUUGUUCCACCUACUUUUGCCUCUGAGUCUGCCCACCACUGGCACGUGGCCCCUGGAAAGUGGUCUAGAAGGGAAUAUGGCUCUUAGUAUGAAAAAGGUUCCCUACUCCUGCACUAAACCAUGGUGAUAUGGUCAAGCCUUGGGUUCAUGUACUUCACCACCACCCUAUCUUUUCCCCUGAUUCCAGGUUUGGUUGCUUCAGUCAAAUUGUAAAGUACAGUUUGUUGGUUAUGGUUAAGCAAAAGCUAUGGUUAAGCAAAAACAGGAGUGGAAACUUCCAGCCUCUUUGAAGCUGUGUUAGAGGAGGGGUGGGGAACGUGAUCAUCUCUGGCCAUUGGCUGUGAUGGCUGGGGCUGAUGGGAGUUGGAAUCUAGAAUCUGGAGGCCUACAGAUUCCCCAUUGUCGAUUUAGCAUAGGAGACACCAACCUUUUAAGGCUCACUGGCAUAUCUGCAAACUGCAGAAAUGGUUAGAUCUAAUUUUGUUGGAAGGGAGGGUCAAAGGAGAGCCCCUGUAAGUACCAAGGAAGAUGUCCUAGGGGUGCAUGUGUGCCUGUGGGCACCAUGUUGGCAGCCCCUGAUUUAUCUUGAUGUCUGAAUGUAGCCAUUGUGUUCCAGGAAACCCAAGCACUUAGGAGUUCCUCAGUGAAUAGAGGUGCUUCUCAUCGCUACAAAUGCAUAUUGGUUUGGUACCGUUUAUAGCCAUAAUUUCCCUUUUGGCUGCCAAGAAGUCUAGGAAUUGUAGUCAGCUGAGGAUUCGUGCUAAGAUUUUUCUCUUAAGAUGUUCCUCCCUCCCUCCAGCCACAAUGCUAUAUAUUGUCCAGAACACAUAGCAGAAAAUGUGUCAGCACGUUAUUCCUACCUAUUCUUUCAUGGUUUAUGAAUGUGUCUGGUUUUGAUGCUUUAGAAUCCGUGGUUGAUCAACUUUUUGUUCAAAAUGGGUUUUGGGUGGGAAUGAGUUGAUACAAUUUUAAUAAUUCAGAGAGCUCAUUUCUAAAAUAUCAUUCUCAUGUAUCCCACUGUAUAGUUAGGUGAGGAUGGGGUUGGUUUUUUUACAAAAAUAAUUACUUAUAAACUGUCUGUUCCUGCACGUUCUGUUUUGUUCUGAGUGUGACCCGGCUCCUUUGGGAUGAAGGAUGGAAUAUAAAUUCAGUUUAAAGAAAUAAAGGAUACUGUGCAGACACUGGACUUGUCUGUUGCAAAGGUUUCAUUUCGCAGCAAAAACAACAAAAUGUCCUGUGCCAUCUUAAAUAACAUACAUAUGUCUUCAUGGAAUAGGGAACUCCACUGGCUGCCCAUUAGGUACUGGGCCAAGUUCAAGGUUUUGGUGUACAAAGCCAUGUGCAACUUGGGACCAGGAUACCUGAAAGACCGUCUUACCCCUUAUAUACCCAGUCGAUCACUGUGCUCUGCAGGUGAGGGCCUCCUGCAGAUACCAUCUUAUCGGGAGGUCCGCUCUGCACAAUAAAGGAAGUGGACCUUUAUUGUUGUGGCACCUACUCUUUGGAAUUCCCUCUCCUUAGAUAUCACACAGGUGCCAUCUCUGCUAUCUUUUCUAUUGAAGACCUUUCUCUUUCAACAAGCCUUUU